CAGCCAUCAAAAUUGUAACCAGUUUUAGUAGCUUAUUGCUUAUAUAUAUAACAACCAUAAAGAACAAAAAAAUUUCAUAACUUGCAAAUGUAGCUUAAUUGUUACAAGUUUUCAACUAGUUUUAAGUUAUUUUUGUACGAUGCUACAGUCACAUAUUCACUUUUCUCAUAUAUAAUAGUACAUAUAUAUAGCUAGAUAUAUACUCGGAAAGUGUUAGCUUGUUGUCAAUGAAUUGAACGUAUGACGAAAUUAAGUUGGCUAAAGCAAAUUUCAAACAAUGGGAAGUUGGAAAAAAGACUGUCACUUGGUGAAUACAAGAGAGCAGUUUCAUGGUCAAAGUACUUGAUAUCGUCUGGCGGUGAAAUAAAAGCAAAAGGCCAAGAAGAUGAGGAAUUGGAAUGGAGUGCUGAUAUGUCACAAUUGUUUAUUGGGCAUAAGUUUGCAAUGGGAAGACAUAGUAGGAUUUAUAGAGGUGUUUAUAUGCAAAAUGAUGUGGCUGUUAAGCUUAUUAGUCAGCCUGAAGAAGAUCGCGAUUUAGCUGAAAUGUUGGAGAGACAAUUCACUUCUGAAGUUGUUUUGCUUUUUCAUCUUAAUCAUCCUAAUAUCAUCACUUUUUUUGCAGCUUGUAAAAAACCACCAUUGUUUUGUAUAAUAAACGAGUACUUAGCUGGUGGAUCUCUGAGGGCAUAUCUCCAUCAACAAGAGCCAUAUUCGUUACACCCGAACUUUGUAUUAAAGUUGGCCAUUGACAUUGCACGAGGAAUGCAAUAUCUUCAUUCUCAGGGUAUAAUUCAUAGGGAUCUUAAAUCGGAAAAUCUACUGCUUAGUGAAAAUAUGUGUGUGAAGGUGGCAGAUUUUGGAAUCUCGUGUCUGGAAUCUCAAUGUGGCAGUGCAAAGGGAUUCACAGGUACAUAUCGUUGGAUGGCACCCGAAAUGAUUAAAGAAAAGAAACACACAAAGAAAGUUGAUGUUUAUAGUUUUGCGAUUGUCAUGUGGGAGCUUUUAACUGCUUUGACACCAUUUGACGACAUGACUCCUGAACAGGCUGCAUUUGCAGUAUGCCAGAAGAAUGCUAGACCACCAUUGCCAGCAUCAUGUCCAAGGGCAUUUCAUAAGCUUAUUAAUCGCUGCUGGUCUAGUAAACCAGAUAAGCGGCCUGGUUUUGAUGAAAUAGUCGAAGUCUUGGAAAGAUAUGCAGAGUCGAUUGACCAGGAUCCUGAUUUUCUUGCAACAUAUGAACCCGGUGAUGAUAAGAUUUCAUUUAAACGCUAUAUUCGAUGCCAUAAAUCUACUUCAAAAUGAUCAUAAGGAAUUAAGGGUAUUAAUCAAGGUGCUAACUAAUGUGGCUUUUCUUUAGGUCAGAUUGUUCAAGAUAUAUGUUGUACGUUUUUCUUUAGUAUUGUAAUGUGGAAGGAUAAAUACAAUGCCUUCAAAUCUUCAAUUUAAUUCUUUGUUCAGAUUGAAGAUUUUGACUUGAGAGGAGUAAUAUAGUUUCUCCAAGUUUUAUA